GAUGUCAGCAGCCUCACUUCCCGUCCACAGCCAAAAAUAACCUCACCGAGAAAGGCAGCUAUGCCAAGUCCUUCAGGAGGGAAUUGUGCAGCCUGGGCUGCGGACCCACGGCGGGGGAAGGCAGCGGAACGCGGCUCCUCUCGAGGCCGGCGGCCGGCAGCCCAGGAAGCACCUGUCCCCGCCCACCUUGACCCGGCCGCCGGCCUCCCGCUCAGAGCCCAGCCCCAGGCGGCGCGGAUCCCGGGCCAGCCCCGCGGGGGUCUCAGCGACGGCGAAACCCGGAACCUCGCGGUCCCCGAGUGCUCCCGUGCCAGGGGACUACCUGGGUCCCCCGGAUCAAGCCCCGCUCCCCAGAGCAGGGAGAGUUCGACGCUCCCCAGGAGGGAGUCUCCAUGGAGGAAUUCGUCCUGCUUCACUUCCAGAGUUGAAAGCCCGGAGGCCGUCGGUUCUGCAAAGAGAGUCGGGCGCGGGCUAGACAGCAGCUGAUGAAAAUAAUUGUCUUCGCACACACAGCCCUGCGCCCAGGGGCGCGUGCACGCGCACACACACACACACACA